AUGGGUGUCGCCAAGAAGACGAGAAAAUUCGGUCAGGUCAAGCGAGUCAUUGGCCGUCGCGACGAUCGCCUCAAAGCCAACAAGGAAAAGGCCGAGGCCGCUCUGGCCAAGGAAAGGAGCAAGAAGACGACAGUGGCAGGAGAGUUGAUCCGCGAGGCGCCUCAGAUGCCCAGUCACAUGUUCUUCCAGUCCAACCAAGCCCUCGUGCCUCCCUACAAUGUCCUCGUGGACACCAAUUUCACUUUUCCUUCCCCAUCUGCAGUAUCCCACUCUGUCCAGCGCAAGGUCGACCUCCUCGACGGAAUGAUGGACUGCCUCUACGCCAAGUGCAACCCCAUCAUCACAUCGUGCGUCAUGGCCGAGCUCGAGAAGCUGGGCCCCAAAUACCGCCUCGCCCUCCGCGUAGCCCGUGACGAGCGCUGGCAGAGGCUGCAGUGCGACCACAAGGGUGUCUACGCCGAUGACUGCCUGGUUGACCGUGUCCAGAAGAACCGCAUAUACAUUGUCGGCACGAACGACAAGGCCCUCAAGCAGAGGUUACGCAAGAUCCCCGGUGUGCCCCUCAUGAGCGUCGGGAGGGGAAAGAUGGCCAUCGAGCGGCUGCCUGGUGCGCCGGACUCUUGA